AUGCAGCACAAGAACAACCUCCGUCUUCAACCGCUGUCGAACGACACGGAGGGUGCGCCUGGAUCUUCACUGCAGGCCAUCAAGUUGCAGCAAAAGGCGCGAGAGGAGGAUGAGCGGGUCCGUCUGAAGCGAGUGAAGGGGGCCCUUGUGCUUAUUCUGCAGUUCCUACUUGAUCAGGGUUACACAGGUGCUCUUCAGAUGCUGCAGCAAGAGAGCCGUGUGGCGCUGCAGCAGUUCUGCCCGGCAGACAACAUAGAUCUUCUUGCGAUCAUCGCAGAGUACGAGCAAUACUUUGAGUUCCGCUUCAACCGGCGACCGAAACUCUUCCGCGUCGUGGACGGCGGGCAGGACGUCACGACUGAAGUGCAGAGCGGUGAGUGCAUGGCUGUGCGGCGGCGGCCUAACGGCUCCGCCGGCGCACGCCAGAGGCGGCUGCCGGGAAACGUCAAUUUAAGCAAGGUAAACUACGCCAAUGCCGCAAACUUAGGUGGAGACGCACCGCCCAACAACGUGCAGGAGACGCAGCGACCGCCCGGGGCAUCGCCGGGACUCGCGCGUGGGUUAGCGCUAGCGCAGAAGCCGAGCACACCGCCCUCACCGCAGCGUCUGCGGCCCCCCAAGAAGAAGCCAGUGGGCACUGAUGUUGGGGGAAUGAUGGGCGUAGCGGGACUCCGCCUCGAUGUGGUAGACCCACGCAGCCCUGAUGUUGUGCGUGACGGUGCUGCUGCUGCGGGGGCGGCUAAUGAUGAAGAUGUCUUUUUCGGACGGGGACUGAAGCCACUGCCACGCUUUCCUUCGUUGGAGCUGCAGGAUCUGGCUAUGACGAUACAACGCGAUAUUCUUGACGUUAACCCCAACGUGCGGUGGAGCUCCAUCGCGGCGCUGGACCAGGCGAAGCAGCUGCUGAAGGAGGCAGUGGUGAUGCCCGUCAAGUACCCGGAGCUCUUUGCUGGUAUUGUGCGACCGUGGAAAGGUAUUCUGCUCUUCGGCCCACCCGGUACCGGUAAGACGCUCCUCGCAAAGGCGGUGGCAACAGAGUGUCGCACAACGUUCUUCAACAUUUCCGCCUCUAGUGUUGUUUCAAAGUGGCGCGGCGAUAGUGAAAAACUUGUGCGGUUGCUUUUUGAUCUAGCCGUGCAUUACGCACCUAGUACCAUUUUCAUUGACGAGAUUGACUCUCUCAUGUCAUCGCGCUCUGGUGAUGGCAUGCACGAGGGGUCACGCCGUAUGAAAACGGAGCUGCUGAUACAAAUGGACGGCCUCUCCAAACGACAGGGUGGCGAGGUCGUUUUUGUUCUGGCUGCAAGCAACGUGCCGUGGGACCUCGACACGGCAAUGCUGCGCCGACUGGAGAAGCGCAUUCUCGUUGGUCUGCCUACGCACGAAGCGCGGGCGAUUAUGUUCCGUCAGACUCUCACUCCUGCUGCUGCACCAGACCUGGACUGGAACAUCUGCGCUAAUAUAACGGAUGGCAUGUCUGGAGCCGAUAUUGACGUGGUCUGUCGUGAGGCGAUGAUGCGACCGAUACGGCUCAUGAUAGAAAAACUUGAGCACGCUGGUCACCCGAGUGAAUUGACCAAAGGGGCACUGAGACGACCGCUCGUGACGCUCAACGACGUGCGCGCGAGCGUGGCAUGCACACAAAGUACUGUGCGACAAGCUGAAUUGGACAAGUACGAUCAAUGGGUGCAGAAGUAUGGGUCUGGUGUUUCCUCCUAA